AUGGAAACUGUAUAUUACCUACGGUGUUUCUUGUUACGCCUAGUCGUUAGUAAUUACCCGUUUUUGGUAUCCAUCAUGGAGAAAUACGAGCUUCAGGAAACACUUGCAAGCGGAUCCACGGCAAAGAUUAAGAAGGCAGUAGUUGUUGGAAACGAAAAGUGUGCAGUCAAGUUGAUAAGUAAAGGGGAUAUGUCCUUGCAGAUGUUCCUGAGAGAGGCAAAGAUACAUGGAUCUCUGAGGCACCCAAACAUAGUUGAGUUUGUUGAUUCUUAUGAAGAUAGAGAGAGGUACUGUAUUGUGAUGAAGCUGGGAUAUGGAGAGGUAGGCAAUAUGAUUUGGUCUGGAGUGGGGCUUGACCCGCUUCUAGCCCACUUCUAUUUCAGGCAGCUAGUUUCUGCCGUGAAGUAUUUACAUUCAAAGGGAGUAUGUCACCGAGAUAUAAAACCUGAGAAUAUGCUUAUUGAUGGGAAUGGAAACCUUUUAUUAUCAGAUUUUGGGUUUUCGACUUUGUUUUUUCAUAAAGGGAGAAGGAGAAGGCUGCGAUCAUUUGUAGGAAGCCUUGAAUAUAUGGCACCAGAGGUUUUUGAAGGUGAUUAUGACGGCAGCCUUGCAGAUAUAUGGUCCUGUGGAAUAAGCCUUGUUGUGUUUUUGACAGGCACACUACCCGUGGGAUAA